AUGAAAAUCGUAUUUUUAUUAAUUACUGCAAUAUAUGCAAGCAAUUUUCCUAUGCUUGAUCUUCAAGCAUCUCUCAAAGUCCCUAUAUGAACCUCCAAUAAUUAUUGUGGCUGAGCAGGGGUCUACUGUAACAGCAGUAAUGAAGUCUAUGCAAUUUGUUUAACAGGCCUCCCAUUUACAGGCGAUCUUGCUGAAGGAAUUUUUAGCAGGCUUCCAAAACUUUCGAUUUUGGCUAUCGUGAUUGACGACAAUUCCCAAGCUCAAGCUUUAACUCUUCCCAGCGAUCUUUGCACAUUGAAUUCUUUGAAUCAGCUGGAACUUCACAGAUUAAAUAUAAAUACAGCAUUUCCUUCACAAAUUCUCAGCUGCACAAAGUUAAAAAUUCUCCAUAUGGCUUAUUGUGGAUUGACAGGAACUUUGCCUGAUUUCUCUAAUAUGAACAACCUGGAGACGCUAGAUUUGAAUGGAAAUAAGUUUACAGGAAGCAUUUCUCAAUCUAUAGCAAAUUUACCAAAUUUAGUAACUUUGCAAUUAUUCAGUAAUUCACUUAGUGGAAGUCUGCCUAGCUUUGCAUCAAACAACUUGGCUUCACUUGAUGUAAGGAAUAAUGCCCUCACAGGAUCAGUUCCUUCUGAUUUGUUUUCUAAAUCAAGCAUAGACUAUUUUGGGUUUGAUGGAAAUCAAAUGACAGUUCCUGAAAUUUGCAAAGAUAAGCCAUUUUGUAUCCCGUUUUCUUAA